CGAAGGAGAUCGAUGAUUGCACCACUGGGAGGCAAUAUUGCCUAAAAUAAUUCACAGAAUAAUUGUUGCACCACACUUACACAGACGACGAUGACAUAAAAGCAGGUUGAAGGAACGACUCUGCAUUCUCAGAGCUUGCAUCAUAUUGAUGUGGUGAAUUCGCCGAAGGAAGGACUACGAUACGAAGUAAAGUAUCAUGGAGUUUGUUGAAUACGAGAAGAUGUCCCCUACUAUGGAUAGGUUUCAAUCUGACAUUGAAAUGCUGAAGAAAGAAAAAUGGGUAGUAUUAGAAAAGGUUCAUGGUGCAAAUUUUGGUUGCUAUACAGAUGGAGAAGAAUGCAAAUUUGCCCGAAGAAGAGAUUUCCUCAAAGAGAGCGAAGGUUUUUAUAAUUAUAGGCAGGCUGAGUUCAUGAAAGAUUUGCAAGAAAAGAUGAUUGAAAUUUACAGACGCGUACAGGCAAUGGUUGAUGGCAAAGAAAUUGCUCAAGUGAUAGUUUUUGGGGAAGUUUUUGGUGGAAAGUAUGAUCAUCAAGAUGUCCCAAAACAAAAGAAAAUGAAGCCAGUACAAGCUGAAAUCCAAUAUUCUCCAGAUAUUAGACUCUACUGUUAUGACAUUGCUUACAUAAAAAAACUUGACAAUGGAGAUGCAGCUGGGCCAGAAUUCUUAGACUUCACAGAUGUCAUGCAAAUAUUUGAUGAUCUCAGCAUUUUUUAUGGGAAACCACUUUUUGUUGGUAAGAUGAACGAAGCAUUGAAUUACUCACUAGCUUUUGACUCAACAUUGCCUGGCCUGAUUGGACUACCACCACUACCAAAAGGCUCAAAUAGGGCAGAAGGUAUAGUCAUCAAACCCAUGAAGAAUAUUGUAGUUGAAACAGCAUUUGGUGAAAAAGAGCGAGUGAUCCUUAAAAUAAAGGGUCCCGAGUUUGAUGAAACAAGAAAUCAGAAAGGGACUAAGAAAAAGGGUGCAGUUGUAGAUAAUUCAGUCAGACCAGACAAAGCUUUUAUUCCACUUAUGCUGCGUUAUGUGACUGAUAAUCGUAUGGUCAGUGCUGUUAGCAAAAUAGGGCCCCCUGAAAGUGAUGAUUUAAAGAAAGCUGUGGAGGAGGAAUUCAUGGAGGAUGUUUUUACUGACAUGUUGGAAGAUGAAAAGAACAAUACCCUUUGGGAAUCAUGCGAUGACAAGCAAAAGGAGGUUGUGAAGAAGUGCCUGAAAGGAAAAACCGCUGCUCUUCUAAAAAAGUAUAUUGAAAAAAUGGGGAUAUCUUGAGAAUUAUCUUGGAUGUUUGUAUCUAGUAUAAAUAUGAUUUAAUCUAGCUAUGAACUUGAAAUAUCUGAUAUUUCAUCAAAUCUUCAAAUCUGGACUGAUUUUAUAUGUAAUUUUUAUUUAUUGACUUGGUAAUGUAUAAAUAUAAUGAGUAUUUUUAAUUUAUUAAUGGCUUGGAAUAAGAUUUGGAAUAAGAUGUUUCAUUGAACGUUGUAAACAGAUCUAAUUAAAGGCAUAAUUUAUAAUUCUGAUUAUUUCAUAAUUACCAACUACCUUACAUGUAGUAGGUUUAAAUGCUAAUUUUUUUCCAAUCUGUAACAGUUACUGCACAUGCACACAUGUAGGUUUGUUUUAUUUGCAUAAGCAUGAAGGGGAAGAGAGGAAAUAGACCACAUUUUUAUUGUGUGCAGGGAUGUAUGAAGAAAAUGGGCAAUGUGACAGUGAUGUGUUCCUCAGGUCCAAUUUCUUAGACUAUGUGACAGGGUUGACACAGAGUAUUAUCUACAGAAUGAGACAUUAUUUGUCACUCGUAACGACACAGGAAAUGGGUACCAAUCCCAGGACUUUACCCUUUUUCCAUCAGUACGCUGUUUUGAAAAUGCAAAGAACAUCAGCCCCUGGUUAACCCUUUUUUUUAAUUUUCUAUAGAUGCUCAAAAAUUACAAUUUUUACAGUGAAUUGAAGAUAAAGGAUAAAAUACUUUCGCUAUAUUGUCCCAUAGGUGUUUCCUUUGGCUAAUAUGGUGUAGUUUUAUGUUUCUUUUAGGAUGAAUCAAUUUUUAAACUAAUUUAUUGGAUAUUUUUAUAUUGUAGAAAUUGUAUCGUUAAAAUUUCGUGUAACGAAUUCAACCGAAUGUCGAAUAAAUACUCCCAUUGUUUUUGCAAAUCUUUUUCACUGUUACUAUAAUCAUAUUACUGUUUUCACUUAAAUUUAGGGGGUUGGGCUCGAAAACCGUUUCGGUUCCUCCCAACAUCCUAGGCAAUGUUAUUGGUAAAAUUUUAAUUAUUGUUAAAUUGUUGAUUGUCUUUAUCAACACUUUAUUGACUUUUAAUGUUGUGGAAUGAUUGCUGAAUAUUAAAGGAAUUUUGAAUUUGAACUCUUAAAUCCCACUGUUUCCAUUAAUGUAUAUAUAUUUAAUAGGUCUGUAUGUCCAUUUAAAAUGCCUCAACUCCUUAUGUAUUAGAUGAAAUGAUACGUAUCAAGACAGUAUCUAGUUUUGGAUCUCUCUUUUGGCUUGUUCCAUGAGAAAGAGCUCAGAUAUAAGGGCCCUUAGGAAACUGAAAAGCAUGCAAAUCGCUGUAGCCAAAAUAACGUGGACAGGUAACUGGUCACUAAGUCACUGACACAAGUCGCUUGCGUUUUUGACAUAUUCAUACGUCAUUUUUCAUUGUUCACAACAAUUUUGACCGUAUUUGUUGUUCCUUUUUUAUUCAUUGUCUCUUCUCAAAGUAUUUGUUUAUCAUAUGUUUUUUUCCUUUUUUUCUCAUUAAGUUAAUUCAUUUUUUUCAAAGAACUCCUGAAGCAUGCCCAAGUUUUACCCACCGUCGAUUCACGAUUCAAAUCAUCAAUUAGGGUGAUAGUCCGAUUAAAAUCACUACUUUAAAACUAUUGGUCGUGCACUAUGUUAUUUGAGAAGUCAAUGAAGAAGUACUAAAAGAUUGGAAGAAAGAGAACAUUACACCAGCUUUUAAGAAAGAAAAGAAGAAAAUGCAUGAGACUUAUCAGCCAGUUUGAAUAGCGUUAUGUGCAAGGUGAUGGAGAAAAUAAUUCCUGAGCAAGGUAUCAAGACUUAUGAUUAAAGUUGUAUAUGGGUAAGGCUUUGACAGAUACUUUAAUUUCAUUCUCAUGUCAAGAAUAUUUAAAGUAAACGAAAUCAGCUAUGUGUAAUUAUAAGAUGAUCUUCUUUUAAGUACACAAAUGAAGAUAUGUUUUUAUCAGUUUGGUGAUAUCCGUAUUCCUGAAAGUGAAAAAUCGAAAUAAUGAAUUUUCAACAUGGCACGUCAAGGAAUCGAAGGCCUUAACAUUUAGAUUAUGAUGAGCUUUUAAGACAACUCUAGCUGCCACGUCUUCUGAACAGAGAACUACGUCAUGUCCUUAUGCCUGCAAAUACAUGCAUGACUUUUUCAACACUGAAAACCUGUCUCAUAUUGAGGAAGCAAAUAGAACUUGUGGCCAUAUUGUUGAAGAGCACUCAUGAAAAGAUAAAAUGAAGAUAUAUUUCAGUUUGUGGAUCAAUACAGGGGCAGAUCCAAAGUAAAUUUGAAGGAGGGGCAGUAAGUAGUGGGGGCGCUGAAAAAUUUUCAGAAUUUGGUGAUGAGCCUUACUACUUAUAGAAGGCUCUUUAUUCACUUUGAAGGAAAUUUUAACAUUAAUUGUUGUAUACUUUAAGGUAAUCCUUGAAGUAAAUUAACCUUCAAAUCUCCAAAAUCUUUGUCACCUGAUUCUCAUUCAUCGAAAGGGGUGCACAAUUUCCAAAAAAGGGCGCCAGACUUGCUUCAAAUCGGCCAAGGAGGGGCAACUGCGCCCCUAGUUGCCCCCCUCUUGAAUCCGCCACUGGAUCAAUAUGGAAUGGGUAUGUAUUUAACAAUUACCAUGUAGUUAUUAAAUUUGAAGACACUGAAUUGAUUCAAUAACGAGCUAGACAAUUUAUUUCAAGAAAAGAAAGGUUCAUGUGGCAACGAUCAAUGUGUUCAAAAGUUUGAAAUACAAAAAAUUUUUCUAGCUUGUAUAUGAUCAUUAGUGGAAUUGUUUUUUCCAGGGACAUACUGUUUUUUUUCUCAGAACAUUUUCAGAGCUUAUCAUGCCUUCUUAUAAUAAUUUCUGCACAUGAAUGGUCUAUCGAUUCCAACGAUUAAAGUCAGUUUCGGAUGAGUUGCACCACAGAGCUAUGACAUGCUCUUGCCGUACAAGAAAUAGUGUCUGUUAUGGUAACAACAUGGCUGUGAAAUUUGUUGAAAAUGCGGGCGAGUUUCCUCUAUACCUAAUUACGAAACAAAUCUGUUUCUGUUCCAGAAAACUAAGCCUGUUUUGCCUGAUUUAGUAUAAUCGCAUUUUUGCGGCUUAUCGAACAACGCAUUCAGCCAAUUAAUAUUUCAUUUCAAUAAAUUUUUAAUAAUGAGCAGUAAGAUAUUUCUCGUUCUUCGCAAAUCCUAGUCUUGGUCGCCAUCACAAGGAUCAAACAAACAGCAACAUGCACGAUUGUGAACGGGCGGGUAUACGGGGGCUGGAUGAAUGUUAAGAACUUGUGCAAGUAUUCGUUCGUUGCAGCUGCCUAGAUAAUCCUUGAUAUUCUUCACUACCCUGGGUACCAGUCUCUGCUUGGCAUUCUGUUUACGUGCUCGAAAAUCUGUGGCCCUGGUACCCAGAGUAAUUCUUUGCAUGCAAUUGUUUAAAUUCGCAAAGGGUUGAUGAACAAAUUCCCAAGUCAUAUUAUGACAUCAAACUAGAAGAUUCAGACCUGUUUUCUUUUACUGGUCCAUUUAACUUAAGUUCUUGUUUUUUACCCCCUCUAAACUAUCAAGGUAGAUUUAGAAAAAUCUUGAUUCAUUCUUUUUCUAAAACCGUUCAUUAUCACUGGCUAAGUACAAAAUACUAGGAAUCAAUUCAGGAUAGCCUUUGCUACACAGUAUCAAUUCAACUAGGGAUCUUCUCUUUUGGUAACCAGCAAUCGAUAUAGGCUGUUUACUGUGUUACAUUUUCGGAAUAGUUUGAAUUGUCAUUUCAAUUUAUAACAUUAUUACUUUUUUCGAUUUCUGUAUCAGCAAAAUCAUACUGCAAAGAAAGUGACAUCAAGCACUGUUUUGGUAGACAAAAAGCCCUUCAAAGCGUGCUUAAGAUGGAGUUCUUGGCUGACCAUAUAAGCUUCUUAUUGACUCUGAUCCACCGGUUUGUUGAAGAUAUUUUUAAUGAGUUGAUUCAUGUGAUCUUCAUGACUAGCACGCGGUAAACUGGCAGUUUUAAGAGAUUCUAAAACAACAUGGCUAAAGAACAGAACGAAUCAUGCCAUCUUGCCCUUUGAUUAGUUGUAUAUGCUGAGCCUAUACACACACACACACACACACAACCUAUACAACCAUUAAAUGGAGAAUUGUCAAGAGAAUAAAAAGCACAGCUAGAAGCAACUUUUGUAAAUUAUGCCUGACAGAAAAAUUUUAUAUAAUUCAAUCUUUAGGGGACAAUAAAAUACUUAAUAAUAGAACAGAAUUUAUAAGCCAAUGUAGACACCAAAACAAACUUUUGAUUAGCAAUUUUCGAUCUUAGAAUGUAGUUGUUAUGAUUUAUCACUCUGCACAAUUAACUUCGUUUGAUUGUGUUCGAUUAUUCGUUUUCACCGUUAUAUCUUGCUUGCCGUUAGCUUGUGUUCUUUUAUACACCUGAUGAUUGUUUACACAUGAAAC